AUGCGAGAAGGUCCACGGUCUCUGCUUUGUCUUAUCUUCUUCCUCUUCCUCCUCUUCACUGCCUCGAUCCAACGAAAUCGCGAGCGGCGGCUAUAUGAGAUGUCUGAGAAGAGGGUGGUUCGUCGGAUGAGGCUGAGUCAGAUCGGCUCGGCGAUGAAGAAGCACGUUGCUUCAGAUACUCAGGGAGAAGAGGAAAACUCUUGUAAAGCCAUUGUCGCAGUCAAGGUAGAGAAGGAGGAAGCUGAUAUUCUUCUGACGGAUCUUAUUAAAAUGAGCGGGAUCCAGAAACGGAAACGACUCACUCGAAGUGGGUCUACAGUGGAAAAAUCCAGAAGAUUUGCAGCAAAUAGUGAAAACAGCUCAGGGAAUAAGAAAUCCAAAUUAACGACUCGAUGGAAUAAUGAAAGGAUUGAGUUUGCGGAGAAAACACUGGCUGAGGUAUUGAAGGAGAAAGGUGCUUCUUUUGAGACGCCUGUUUCUCGGCAUGACUUAAGAAGUAUAUCUCGGAGGAAGAUCGGUGAUACGGGGCUUUUGGACCAUCUGUUGAAGCACGUGGAUGGAAAUGUAACGCCAGAUGGUGUUGAUCGGUUUAGGAGGUGUUACAAUACUGAAGGAACCAUGGAGUAUUGGCUAGAGACUGCUGAUUUGGUCAAAAUCAAGCGUGAAUCCGGAAUUCCUGAUCCUAGUUGGGUUCCCCCAUCUUGGUGGAAGAUUCAGAAUGCAACUCAUGAGUCAUCUACAGUCUCCGCAAAGCUUAGGGAAGAACUUGAGCAAAUGAAGAGUGAUAUCAAAGAACUUGUUUCCAAGCAAAAGUUAACAGAUCAUGCUGAUUCAACUGAGAAACUAUUCAAGGAGUUUACGAGUUGGAGGGUAAAUGCCGAUAAGCAAAUUGAGGACUUGAUGAGCUGGAGGGUAACGACUGAUAAGCAAUUUGCGGAGAUCUCAACUUCCUUGACUUCAACACAGUCCAUGUUCAAGGAAGUGAUGUCGUGGAAAGACAAAGUAGAGCAGCAGUUGGUGGGAAUUUCAAACUCGCCGAACAAUCAGCAGGCAAAUGGGAGCACUUCGUUCAGUCCAGCUCCUGAGAGUUGGGAAAACAUAUUCCAGAGUGCCAGCUUGAAUGAUCUUACAGGGAAUGGUUUUGAACCAUGGGAAGACUUUAUUGGUGUUCUACCAGAGGUUGUCAGGCCAGAUACCGACUCGCUUCCACCGAAUGCCCUCAAAAGCUCUUAUCAAGACCAGUUCCGGUUUGAGGAACAGUCAUUGAUCAACACCGAAAUGCAAAGGACAGAGAGCUGCAUCACGAGAGGUGAUUCCAGAAGCUCCAAUCAAGACAAAGCUGACAUUACUCCAGGCUCUUCAAUCACUGUAUGUCCACGACCAGAUAUCGACGACCCAAUUGUCAUUUCUCAGGAAGCAUUGAAGGAGUUGGUGACAUGGAAAGCCAAAGCGGAGCAGCAGAUAAAGGAAAUGGCAAACGCAAUCAGUGCUCUUCAGGGGAAGUCAACCGAAUUGGCUCUAACCGUGGUGACGACAGAAACACAGCAGGCACAGUUCUAUCAGUGA